AUGACAUGUAAUAACACGUAAAUAUAGUAGGUACCACAGAUAACACACAGGUACUUAUCAGACAUGUGCUCAGCAUGUGAAAUUGUUUGAUUGGUAUUACGUAUAACUACAAAUAAAUCAAUUGUCAGCACUGCAGCACAAUUUUGUUCAACUAAUCACAAACGAGUAUUUGGAAAACUUGCAUGGGCGCUCUUUUGGCGGACCUGCUUUUUAUCCGCAUCAACGUCCUAACCCCAAUCCUUGUGCCACGGCCCAUUAUCGCCUGUGCCAGACUAAAAGCACGUACAUAUGUAAAUUGGCCAAGGUUUGUUACAGACACAUUUCCAACGUUAUUUUUGGUUUUCUCAGAAGAGUAUUUAGAUGAAUGUCUCCUGGAAUGUUAAACCGAAUACACUGAACGUUGGUCAAUACCCACCAGACUACAGACCGCCAAUGAGCUGUUACUCAGACUUAACAUUGGACAGUUCUCUGUUUGCAAUGGCUCCGCAAAAUAGUAUUUUGUCUCAUCAAAGAUGUGAAACAAAUGUUUCCAAAAAUUCUAGAAAGAAACAGCAUACUAAAUCUGAGACAGGUCUUGCAUCAACACCAAGAAAGAGAACACCAGGUGGAAAAGAGGUUAUACACAUAGUGAAGUAUGAUGAUAAAAUUCGAGAGCUGAUUGUGCCCAGUCUAGAGCGCACUGUACAUCCUACCCUGUUGGAUAUUAACGAAUUUAACAGAAUUAAACAGCAAGCUAAGGUCAUUACAAUGCAGGAUAGAUUACAUAUGCUGGAGGAAGCUGACAAGAGAAACAAUGAGCUAAUGCAAAAGUGUAAAGUUCGAAAAGAUGAAAUGUGCAAAUGGUCUCAAAAGCAGAAACAUGGGCAAAAAUAUUCUUUACUAGAAUCACAUGCCCAUCACCAGGCAACUCAUCUCCUCCGCAGAGCAUUUGAAAUGAAACAAGACCAAGAGGAUGAAGUGAAGAGAGCAAACCGCCUUAUUAUGGGCAUUAAGUGUCAUGCAAUACGUGAUGCACAGAUUGCUGAGAGGAAGCAAAUAGAAAAGGACCUUGAAGAUGAAGAACGUUGUCUUGACCAAAUGAUGGAGGAAGAGAGGAGACGUGCUUUACUUGAUGAAGAAAAGCGAGAGGAGAAGGAACAACUAAAGAAGGGUCUAUAUGUGAAGCAGAUUCAACAGCAGAUAAAAGAGAAAGAGAUGGAAAAAAUUCUAGAAUUGGAACAUAAGGAAGAGGAAAGUCGGCUCAUCACCGAGGCUCAAGUGCAGGCUACACUGGAUGAGAUAGAAGCCUACAACAAGAAGGUUGCUCAGCAAAAACAGAUGCGGGAUGAUCUUAAUGAAAUCAAUCGCCAGAUUGAACAUUUCCAUGCUCUGGAACAGGAGAAAUCCCAUAUUAAUGAUCUGAGGGUUCAAGAAUACAUGCGACUGAAGGCAGAAAGAGAGAUGGCUCGAGAGAAAGAGUUGAAAGCUCAUCGAAUGGCAAGGGAACGAGAAAUAGCUCGACUGAUGGCUCUACAACAACACCAACAAGACCUGCAGGCAGAGGCAUAUGAACUAAAUGCACUGAGAAUGCAAGAAGAAGUUGAACGAGAAUUCAGAAAUAAAGAGAGGGCAGCAAUGCGCAAGAAGAAAGAAAAUGAUGCAGCUAUAAAGAAAGCUCGAGAAGAACAGAUCCUUGACCGGAGACGCAUGGAAGCACUAGAGAUUGCCUGUGAAAAGCAAACAUUUAAACAAGUCUUGAAAGCACAGAAAGAGGCUGCUGAGAAACAGAGACUUGAUGAUCUCAAGAAAAAACAUAUAACACAGCAAUAUCGUUCAGAUAUCAUAAAGCAGAUAAAUGAGAAGGAACAUGAAAGAAUUAAAAAAAAACAAAGCAAAUUUGAGGAAGAAGUUGCACUUAAAAUGGAGGAAUUGCAAAGACAAGGAAAUAUGAAGGAUGCUAUAAAGAAGAAAAUUGAAGAACUCAGGAUCCACAAAGUACCACAAGUUUAUAUUAAGGAGAUUGAGAGGCAACUGAAGCUGAGAUGAAACUGGAGGUUCCAAAUAUGACUCAUUGAUCAGAAUGUGGGUAAUGUAGGCUUUGAGUUGAAGUUUUGAUGUUACAGACAAUUUUAUUAGAAUUUUUGUUAUUAUGUCAUCACAGGCAUUAAUGGUGCAAUACUCACAUUAAUGUCGUACAUUUAUAAAU